GAGUCCAUCCAUUUUCACUGGCUCAGAAGUAAUUGGACAAUUGACUGAUAAGCAGUUAGUUAUUUAUUACUUACUUAAUGAUGAUCAUUUUACUUCCUACACGGCAUCUGCUGUGACAUUUAACACUUUCUUGCUCUGCAAAAUAUUUUGGCGCACACAACCUUUUGAUCUGAGAUCGGCGUUAAUAAAAUUGCCCCUGAGGAGAGGUGAGGCGAGGUGAGCGUGGCUCUGACUGACAUCUUGCUCCUGCCAGCUGUCUCUGAGAUCUUUAAGCCUCGGCGUCCACCAGCUGCUCGGUGGGGGCCUCUUUCACGCCAUCUCCCUGACAGGCUUGAUUUGUUAGCUACCAGCUGCUGCUCCUAUCCUCAUAGUAACUGGUUUAGCCACAGCCUUCUGUUUCUUUACACAGAAAUGUUAAAGACUGGAUUGAGGAUUUAUUCCUUACUCUCUAGCACGUGUCGGUCGGCUCAUCAGUGGGUCUUCUUACAGAGAAAUUGAUUUGAUUGUGCAGAGCAUUCACAGUGAAAACUGUUACUCCAAAUAUAUUUUGGCUAAUAAUUAGAAGAAAAUUGGAAAAAUAAGAGAUUGUAUUGAAUAUGGGUGUGUGUGAGAGUGGAGUCUUCUCCAAUUUGCAUAUUUAUGCUUAAAUCUGUAAAACCUGGAUUUCUUAAUGAGUGUUAUUGAUAAAGCAAUAAACUAUAUCAUUGAUACAGAAGGAAGAUUUUUUGAAGUUUAAAUCCCGGGGGAGACUUUAUUGAGCUCAUCAAGACUCUGAACUCUCAGUUGCUCACUUUUAUGAAUGGAUUGUGUCCUGCUUCAUUCGUAAGGGACUUUUUAUAAACGCAAAUCAGUAAAAGUGUGAGUGGAGUCGUGACUGCUGUCUUACAUAUAAACUACAUCUGCAUUUAGUAUUUUACAUAUGAUUGUAUUCGUUAUAUAUGCUUUUAUGCUUGGUAUAUUUGAUCUUUGUAAUGCGUGUAUCCUGUAUUUUUUUUCACUAUAAGAUAAUUUGGCGAUGUGUGUUCUGUGUUGCCAGUUCUGGUGUGUGAUAAGAACUAAAACACGCAUGCUGUUGGAGGAGAAUAGUAGCGACGGGAUGCUGUGAUGCGUCCUGACGUUUAUACUACUUUUACUACUCAGAAGCUGAUUAUUUUUCUACAGCAGCACAUGGUGGUGAGAAAGUGAUAGACGUCAUUGACGUCGCGAGGCAAGCAGACAGCAAGAUGAAGCUGAAAGAGUUCGUCAAGUAUUUCUACAGCCGUCAACGGCCAAAGGUGCUCAACGUCAUCAGCCUCGAGUUUUCCGACACCAAGAUGUCCGAGCUAGUGGUAGUCCCUGACAUUGCACAGAAGAUGUCCUGGGUGGAGAACUACUGGCCUGAUGACUCCUACUUCCCCAAACCCUUUGUACAGAAGUACUGCCUGAUGGGAGUGAAGGGCAGCUACACGGACUUCCACAUAGACUUUGGAGGCACGUCAGUGUGGUACCACGUGCUCUGGGGGGAGAAGAUAUUUUAUUUGAUCAAGCCUACCCCAACCAACCUCGCGCUGUACGAGGAGUGGAGCUCAUCACCGAACCAGAGUGAGGUGUUCUUCGGUGAGAGAGUGGACAAGUGCUACAAGUGCGUCGUCCGGCCGGGAACCACCCUGUUCAUCCCCACAGGAUGGAUCCAUGGAGUUCUGACCUCAGAGGAUUGCAUGGCAUUCGGUGGGAACUUUCUCCAUAACCUUAAUAUCGGCAUGCAGCUCAGGUGUUAUGAGAUGGAGCGGCGGCUAAAGACUCCCGACCUCUUUAAGUUUCCUUAUUUUGAAGCUAUAUGCUGGUAUGUGGCCAAGAACCUGCUGGAGACCCUCAAAGAGCUGCGAGAAGAUAACUGUCUGCCUCCUGAUUACUUGACUAAAGGAGUGAAAGCUUUAAUUACUGCACUGAAGAGCUGGCUAAGGAGAGAGGUCACUGAGCCUGCCAGCGAAGUCCCCGAUCAUAUCAGACCCAACCAUCUCAUUAAGGAGCUCACCAAGGAAAUCCGUCACUUAGAGGAGGAUCAGAGUGGAAAUGGUGGGAGCAAGCCUGUGAAAUCUCAGGGAAGCUUAGCGUGUCCUUCCACGCGGUCGUCUCACGAGAGAGGCUCCCAUAUGCGCAAGAACGGCAGGCGGCUUCGGCAUCACCACCAGCACCAUCACUCUCACACACCCAAAGCUCCAUCCAACCUGGACAUCUUUGAGCAACACACUCAGGAGGUCCUGAAGAGACUGGAGAUGAGCCCCUUUGAGGAUGAUUCUUCCUUCAGCCUGAAGGUCAAGUUCAACAAGGUGUCCACGGCCUCGGCAGCAGCUGCUGAGAGUAAGCUGGACAACCACCUGCAUCUUGUGAUGUGCAACGGCCGCAUUAUCAGAGACGACAGGUGGCGCGUCCGGAAAAAGAACAUGGCUGCCAAAGAGGAAACAGGUGAUCAGAAGAGGUACACGGUAAAGGUGAAGGCAGUGGUGAAAGAGGAGGAAGAGGAGGAAGAGGAGCAGGGGAUGAAGGAGGAGAUGGAGGAGAAGCAGAGCUGCACAGCAGGUCACCAGAAGCACAGUCCUCUUAGAGAGCUGUGUAAGAGGGAGAGCUCAGAUCUCAGGAACAGUGAAUCAGGAUGCGCAGAGGCUUCGUCAGACUCCGAGUCAGAGCGACGUUACACUACACAGGAAAAGCAGCAGUCAUCAGGAGAAAACUCUGAGAGCUCAUCAAGUGAGGAAGAAGAAGAAGAAGAAGAAGAAGAAGAAGAGGAGGAGGAAGUGGUAAGAAAGAAGAGCGUCUCACCCGAGAGUACAACAAGCAAGUGCAACUCCAGCAGCACUGCAGAUUCCACCCACGCGCGCCAGCAACUCGGACACCGCAACAAACCUCGUGAAAGAGACCAUUCUACCUCACCGAGUGCAGAGGCGGACGCUAUUCAGGGCAUGCUGUGUAUGGCAGGGCUGCUGUACCCUCACCCGUCAGAGGAGGGUGCCAGCUCCCAGGAGUCCUGGUGGUCCUGCACCAGCCAUCCUUCCCCUGAUUACAAUGGGAAGGAAGCUGUGUCAGGAGAGGAGAACCCUGAUUCAGACAGCAACUCCACAAUCAGCAGUCAGGACGAGCAGCAGGUGCUAAAGCACCACAGCAGGGAGAACCGGACUGAACGGAGCCAGAGGUUACAGAACAACCAGAGCUUCAUGGACAGUCAGGGCAGUGGGAACAGCAGCAGCAGCAGCAGCGAGGCCUGGGGCAGCCACACACACUCACCUAGGGGUGAAGAAAGCCCCGAGUCACGCUAUCAGUACUGCGAGAUGUCACUUUCCCCGCUCCUGCACCCAACGAAAAGACCCGCUACAAACCCCCCACCCAUCAGUAACCAGGCCACCAAAGGGAAACGGCCCAAGAAAGGCAUGGCCACGGCGAAACAAAGACUGGGAAAAAUUCUCAAGCUCAACAGACAUAAACCGUUCUUUGUGUAGCACCGAGAGAGCGAGCGCCUGAGAGAGAGAGCGAUCGAGAGUGACGGAUGUAUUUAUGUCACAGACCCUUGUUGUGUGUCUGUGAGGAUGAACAGGGUAUUUACAGAGCACAGUUUCUAAACACUGAAUGUGUCGGAAGCAUGACGAUGGCUGAUGGGCAGAUGGAGUUUGUUCCAGCUUUACUUUUAGCAUGAACGUAUCACAUAAAGCAUUUGAGAUCGUGUUCCGAAGACACAGACUGGAACCGAAGACGAGGUCGUGCUGAUGAUGAGAAACGUCUGACGCACACCUGCUUUCAGCGAGGGACUCCUCGGACGUUCCCAGCGGCGUGUGAGCGAUGAACUGAAUUUCUAAAAUGGUGCUUGACUUGUGAGGCCAGUCUCACAAGGGUGGAGGCUCGGUGGUGAAGCCACCCUCAACUUCCUCUUUCCUCCGUCACCUCAGCUUAUAAAAUGAACUUUCUAGCAGAUCAAGAUCUUCCCUGCUCGGACUACCUGACCCCUUCCCCUACUCCCCGAGCAGGGACGGCGAGGCGGCUUCAAUCAGCGGAUCAGGUUGUCUUUUUUUUUUUUUUUUUUUUUUUU